CGUAUCCAGUUAUAACUUUUUAAAGAGUGCGUCUGUCGCUGUCGGUUGCGAACAUUUCUGCUUUAGUUGCUUCACGUGUUUUUGCAGCGCCAACACGGCUGUACUUUUACCGAGAGGCUUGCAGAGCCGUGUGUAUUGCGUGUAGGUAGCGGAAGUGAAGUGUGGCAGCUAGCAGGUGGACUCGUGGGAUAAACAUGUUGACCACCCUUCAUGUGACGUCGUGGUUUUGUUGCCUGUUGUGCCAGGAAGGCGAGCGACUGUGUGGAAAGCAGGCGGCUUCAAUACAGCAUCUGUGUCUAUGUACAGUUUUACAGUUUGUAGCGAUGGCUUGUGAAUUUCGGAUCAAACCCCUGUGGACGUUACCACAGCUGGUGGCAGCUGAGCUCUAACAGCAGCAUUUAUGUUUACUGGACUAGUUAUUGCGUUUGCUUUUUCGCCGUUUGAAAUGCUCAGGAAAAAAGAAGGGGGUGAUGUAAAACUCCCCCUGCAGGUUGCUGCUGCUGAAAGUGCUCAUAUGGACCGGGCAGUUUACUAAGUACACUUGUUUAGCUGCUCCUUAACCCAAAAUAUCUAAGCCAAUCCAAUAUGGCAGCCACUCAGUGCAUUUAAGCGUGUAAGCACGGUCAGGAGGGCCUGCUGAGCAUCAGAAUGGGGGAAGAAAAGUGAUUUAUGUGACUUUGAAGUUGACAUAAUUGUCGUUGGUGUGAGCAUUUCAGAAACUGGUUUCUUGGUACACUUUUUAUUACUCGGCUGGUCUACCUGUGGAAUCUUCCUGACCAUGUCCGUGUCUUUAUGACCACCGUGUACCCAUCUUCUGAUGACUGUGGGAUAACACACCACAUCUCAAAGCUCAAAUCAUCUCAAGCUGGUUUCCUAAACACCAAUAAUGAAUUCUUUGUACCCAAAUACCCCCCCACAGUCAACUCAGUGCUUGCAAGGUGUGUUUAAUAAAGUGCCAGUGAGUAGAGUUUUGUCUCUACAUGCAAUUUAGAUGAAAGUCAGACCACAUUUCAAUAAGUCCUGCUAUAUUGAGAGCUCCAAAGAUUUCAUGAGGUGGCCUUUGGUGUUCGCAUUGCAUUUUGUAAGUGAAAUUACUUAUUGGUAAUAUAGGAUGAAUGAAUAGGUUCUAUAGUUUUUUUUAAUAUCCAUAAGUGAGCAGUUUAAUUAGUAUUAAUAGCAGUUUUUAUCUGGAGUUUCUUCUUAAGGCUUGACUGUGACAGAUCUCACCACAAUGACAGAAAGCGAGCACAGGAUAUCUCUUCAGUGCUUUUUCCAGUCCUCAUCAAUACUGCUCAGUUGUCAGACAAAUCUUUUAUUGUGCUGAUCGUCAGUGGACUCUAAUGCGGUUUAACUUGGCACCUGGAAAAAGCACUUGAUGUCCACAGAAUUUCACCAGUGCCUGGAGGGUUUUUGAAUAUAAGAUAUGGGAUAGUCACUUGAUCGUAUGUGCACGGUAGAACAGAAGAUGGAGUCUUUCCCUGUUUUUCCCCUUUGCUAUUUAUAAAGAGUUUCACGGAUAGAUGAGUCAAUUUGAAGCAUGGCUGUGGAAAGGAAGAUUGUCUGUGCUGAUUUAAAGGGAAAAGAAAAUGAAAGUAGCUUUUGACUGACGAGGAACAAAGUGCCACAUGUAGGUCAGAGCUACAGAAGAACCCUAAAGAAGCAAAACAAAAAAAUUUUAAAAAGCUGCUGAUCUGUGAGGCAGGAUUACAAUAUAAACAAAAUACUACAAAGAAAUAGUACCAACAGUUUUGAUGACUGCAGUACUUCUAAAAAAAGUAAAACAAAAAAAUCAGCUGCCGCUGAAGCAGCCUGCCUUCAUGAGGGUGGCCUUUGCUGUUUGCUUUGCAUUGUGCAAACAUUCAAGCUGUAGCGAUUCCAGAUAUUGCACUCAGUAAUAAAAUCAGCCUCUUUCUGCCGGUGUUCAGUUCACUGUGAAUAAUUUUCACUCUCCGUCAUAGUCACGUUUUGCGGUCCUUGAAAAAUCAUCAGUAAGUUAUUUGGAUUUCCCCAAAACACCAAGAACAGCUCAGCUCUUGUACUGGAAGCUCAACGCCCCGAGCAAAGUGCAAAAGCUACGCCCCUUAUCCACCAGUAUCCAGUAAUCAUUACACUCAUGACAGUAUCUUUGCCUCUCAAGGGACUUCGGAAAAACUCAGGACAGAGAUUUUGCUAAGGGUUUGGACCAUUAGGACCGGAGAAUGUUUUUGACUGUGUUCUUCCUCCUGGUCGCGUUGUGCACCCAGGGAGGAAAUGGUAAGGAGAGUGAGGAGGCACAGAGACCUGGCCAUGUUUCAGUGGUCAUAGUGGGAGGCACGGGUGACCUGGCGAAGAAGUACCUGUGGCAGGGAUUCUUCCAGCUGUAUAUCAACCAAGUCAGUAGUGGAAACACCUUUUCUUUCUAUGGCGGGGGACAGUCCCCCACUGAAAAGGCCACACCGGUGCUCUUUGAGAUUCUGAAGGCAGUCUCCUGCUCAAAGGAUGUUUCUCAGGAGCGCUGCGCUCUGCUGAAAGACCAGUUUCUGCGGCUCGCACAGUAUCGCCAACUAAAGUCAUUAGAGGACUAUCAGGAUCUGGCCAAGCACAUUGAGCAACAGCUUCAAGAAGAGGGAAUGACGGAGGCAGGCAGGCUCUUUUACCUCUCAGUACCAGCUUUUGCAUAUGCAGAUAUUGCUGAGAAGAUUAAUAGUAGUUGCAGGCCAAAAAGUGGGGCUUGGCUGAGGGUGGUGCUUGAAAAACCUUUUGGACAUGACUACAGGAGUGCUCAGGUACUGGCAUCUCAACUUCGCAGCUCACUGACGGAAGAAGAAAUGUACAGAAUUGACCACUACUUGGGGAAACAGGUGGUUUCAAAGAUACUUCCUUUUAGAAUACAAAACAAAAACUUACUUGAUCCGAUCUGGAACAAGCACCACAUCGAGAGAGUGGAGAUUGUACUGAAAGAGACUCUGGAUGUUAAAGGUCGCAUUGCAUUCUAUGACCAGUAUGGGGUCAUCAGGGAUGUGCUACAGAACCACCUGACUGAGGUCAUGACACUGUUGACCAUGAGGCUUCCCAAGAACGUGAGCAGAAGUGAGGAAGUCCUUGGAAACAAGCUGCAGAUCCUUAGUUCCAUGCUGCCUUUAGGAAAGAAUCAAGCUGUGAUCGGUCAGUACCAAACUUACAAAGCAGAAGUUCAGCAGGAGCUGAAUAAGACCAAAGAUCACGUCAGUCACACUCCAACAUUUGCAGCUGUACUCGCACAGAUUGAUGACGCGCAAUAUGAAGGCAUGCCGAUCCUUUUGAUCUCAGGGAAGAUGCUAGAUGAGCGGGUGGGAUACGCACGUAUUCUUUUUAAAAAUGACAUCUUUUGUGUUCAAAACCACAAUAACGUUCACUGCAAGCCCAAGCAGAUAGUUUUCUACUUUGGACAUGGCAGCCUUCAAUAUCCAGCAAUUCUUGUUAGUAAGAAUUUGUUCAAGCCAGCUCUAGUAGACAGUGAGUGGAAGGAAGUGACGGAGCACAAAGACAUCAACGUUUUUGGAUUGCCUAUUUCGGACUUCUACAUCCAGACUCCAAUGGAGCAGAAGGAAGCUUAUGCAGAACUUAUUUCUCACAUCUUUUUUGGACGGAAGAACAGUUUCAUUAGUACAGAGAACCUGUUGGCUUCCUGGGACUUAUGGACACCGCUGCUCAGCAGUUUAGCCAGCACAUUUCCACGCAUCUACCCUGGUGGUGCUGAUAAUGCAGACGUGCUGGACAUCCAUCUGAAAGGGAAAGACAUUAGCUACAACAAUGAGGUGGUGAUAAUCAGUACUGAUCAGUUGGGUGGCACAUCCACAAAUGGUUUCCAAGUGAUGCAAGGUAAAUUUCGCAGUUCUGAAAUGGUGUCUGCAUGGGCCGAGCAGCUUGUUGACAAGCUCGCUGCAGAUAUUCAGGAAGCAGCAGAGGCAGCUAUUUAUGAGGGUGGUGUUUUCCAUCUCGCCCUCUCCGGUGGAUCUACUCCCCUUGCUCUGUUUCACAGGUUGGUCGAUCACCAUUUCACCUUCCCCUGGAGGAACACACAUGUCUGGAUGGUGGACGAGCGCUGCGUGCUGCCGACAGAACUGGAGUCCAACUUCCGCAGCUUGCAUGACCAUCUACUGCAACAUGUGAGAAUCCCGUAUUACAACAUCCACCCCAUGCCAGUGCAUCUCAACCAGCGCCUAUGUGUGGAGGAAGAUGGAGGAGCGCAAAUGUACGAGAAGCAACUCAUUAAAUUGGUUAACAGCUCCAGCUUCCACUUUGUACUGUUGGGUGUCGGCUAUGAUGGCCACACAGCCUCUUUGUUCCCCGGUGGCAAAGUGGAUGAACUUGGCGAUAGUCUAGUGGCCCUCACUGAGAGCCCCUCCAAGCCACACCAGCGUAUGAGCCUCACCUUUAAUGUCAUUAAUCGAGCGCGCAAAGUUGCCCUUUUGGUGAUGGGCAAAGGCAAACACGAGCUGAUCACCCAGCUGAGCCGCGUGAAGGACAAUCCAGACAAAUGGCCUGUCACUGGUGUGAAGCCUACUAAUGGUAACCUUGUUUGGUACAUAGACUAUGAUGCACUUUUAGGAUAAGAAUGUAAUCUCUACCUUGCAAUCAGACAAAUGUCUUUGGAGCUGCUUUAAUUGGACUGUUGGUUGGUGAGAAAGAAUAUAUGAACCAGCACAUAUAGGACCAUAUAGGAAAGGUUAUUAACUCAAAUCACAUGUACUGAGCAUAACUGCUAAACUCUUUCAGGCUUCUAAUUUAUUUCCCUCCAGCGCACCGUUUGAGAUCAUAACAGUGUAUGCAUAGACCAAAUGACUUGAUCAAAAUAGGAAAUCAGUAGAACAUUGUUGAAAACAGCCCUUUGUUGGUGUCCAUGUGGUUGUGAAGCAGCGAAGAAGUUUGUGGUUUCUUACAUUUAUAGAACUGCUCUUCAGUAAGGCUUAACUAAUGGAACAGGAGUUUUCCACAAGGUGAAUGUAAGGUGUAAGUGUUUUAUAAUGUGACGAUAACCCUGACUUUAGAGUUAAGCCUAGUUUAUUGGACUGCAAUAAAUCUGCAUCGCAACCAUAGUGAGUGGACAUAGUUUGCAUUGUACGCUGGUGCAUUGAACUGCCAUUACAAGUGAAACUGAGCCGUUUAUGUUGGACUUGGAGCUAAUAAAUCUUGAUCAAUAGUUAGUUUUACAGCACCGCAGGAAGUAGAUAAGAGUUCAGAAACGACCCGGUCUAUACAGGUGCACCCAAAAAAUAUUUAUGCCCAAAAUGCUAACUUUAGGUAAUUUGAUUACAUGUAUAUUUUCCAAGCAUUUGUGUUACAUAAUUACAAUGUAAGAAAUUACAUUUAAUGCAAUCUGGUCAAAUGAAAGGUUGAUUGGUUGAUUGGUACACAUUUAGUUUAUACCAAGCAUUAACCUAUCACCUGGCAUAUUUUCUUUAAUGAUGAAUUAUUUGAAUAAAUAAACCUUUGAUUUUAUAUAUUUUAGUUUCAUUUUACUCAAAAUUAUUUGAGUUUAUGAAAGCAAAGAAUCUCUUUUUUAAAUGUUAUGUUGGAGCUUGGAAAACAAGAAUAACAGCAUGUGUGUGUUUCAUUAGCACAAUAAGCAAGCUACACAAUUACAGCCCAUUAGAUUUUGUUAAAUAGAGGAAUUAUACUGGUGCUAAUCAAUAAUCUGUGUUUACAGAGGAUAUUACCAAACAUACCUGUCACACCGGUUGACGGUGCAUGUCAGGCCAAAGCAUAGGUUAUGGAAUAGAUUUAACACGAUACUAUAAACCAGAAAUGAGUUAUAAGGGAUGCUGAGUACAUGUAAUUUGUCAUUAAUGAAAUCAUUGGUCCAUGUUCUUAAAAGUUUAGACCUCAUAUGAAUAUUUUUUUACGUGUGUGUGUGAAAUGCAUAUGAAGAUUUUUGAUCCUUGAAGUCUAAGUGUGAAGUGAGUGGGAAUCUAAAGGAAUAUAUGAAGUUUCCUUUGCAAACCACAGAGCACAGAUGACUAUUGUGUUGCUGGAAGACGGUUAAAACACACACAGGUGAAUUAGGGUUUUUGUAUGUGUGAAUUACAACAGAUCUCAGGUGAAUUCAAAGAUAUGAAGUUUACUGUGUAAUCUGCUUUUAUUGGUUGAAUGUUUUAUUCUGUGGAGUGGUACUGACAUUUCUAACAAAAUUCUUCAGGUUAUGUAAAAUAUGUGUGUUUUACUAAAGAGCUAAUCACAUUCCCAUACUCAGAUCACAUUUUUCUUCUAUUAAUGUGACCUGGAGGUGCUUUUAUGAGUCAAAAUGAUUCGAAACAAGAUUAACACUACAUCAUAUUUUUGGUUCCUUUAUUGAAGACCAUCUUUAAAUAAAAUCUCAAUUCCACUAAUUGUCAGCAGUGGUGUUGUCUUUGUGCCUCAAGAUUAGGAACAAAGUAGGAAAACAUUUGCUAAACACAUCCUUCAUCUCUUCAGCUAUAUUAGUCUGUUGUGAAUACAGUGUUUAACAAAUUUAGUAGACCACCUGCCAUUAAAAACAAGACAACCGAAAUACAGAAAAAAUUAAUGUCUUUAAAAGGCAAACGAUAAACUGAAUUUACAGUUUAUUUCCAAAUUUGAGCCGGCAAACUGAAUUCUGAGAAGUCCGAAAUAUAUUAAUUAGUCAAAUUAACAUUAAGUCACUAAAACUAUUUUUUUCUCUCCAACUGCAAUUUGGCAUCUUCAUCAAAAAUAAUAAUUUGCUAAUGUUACUGGUUUUUUUCUGCUUUCUUUUAAACAUUAACCCCUUAAUUUUCAAAAUUUAAUGCAUAUAUUUAGCAUUAAAAAUAUCA